AUGACAUCUCCAACAUCCCCCGCAAAGUCUCCACCGACAAAAUUCUCCAAUAACGAACCCGCGAUCACUGAUAGUCUCGAGCAGGGUGUUUCGGUGACUGACCAGGAUCAUCCGGACGCACCCCUGCCGAUCGGGCAGACUGAAACAGGAUCCAAUCAAUCUUCAAAUCAAAAUCAAAGCGAGGGCUCUACUUACAGGUGUGAAAGCGGAAGUGAAUCCGAAGUCCAGGCUGCACUCGCUCAGUCUGAGCCCCGACCCAUCGAGGAUGAUUAUGACGAUGCGGCUGUGGCUGCCGCGAGACCCCGCCAUGCAUGGCAGGUCUUGUGGCUGCGUAACAAGGGUAUGGCGCUCGUCUUACUUGCGCAGAUGUUCGGUGCCUCGAUGAAUGUUAUGACGCAGAUCUUGGAGAUCCAUAGUGCUAUGCAUCCUUUCCAGGUCCUCUUCGCCCGCAUGUCCAUAACAGCCGUAGCAAGCUAUAUCUAUAUGUGGUGGGCGUCCGUACCCUCCCCUCUGGGUACGCGUCCAGUGCGACUUCUCCUCCUCCUGCGCGCCACCUUCGGCUUCAUGGGCGUCUACGGGCUCUACUACUCCGUGCAGUACCUACCCCUCUCCGAAGCAACGGUAAUUACCUUCCUAGCACCAAUAAUGACCUGCUACGCCUGCUCGCUACUCAUCCCGGGCGAGACAUUCUCUCGACGCCAGCAGCUCGCCGCCCUAAUCUCUCUCGGCGGCGUAGUCCUCAUCGCGCGCCCAUUCAGCAAGCGCGCGCCGCGGGACGUAAACUCCACUCCCACUGCCGCGGCCGUGUGGGCGAUGAGCUUGUCCGCGUCUGGGCAAGAUGAGACGCCCUCGGACGCAGACUCGUACCACCAUGUCAUGGCGACGAUUGUCGCUUUCGUGGGCGUUAUAGGUGCUGCUGGUGCUUAUACUUCUAUUCGGAUGAUUGGGCGCCGCGCGCAUCCGCUUGUCUCGGUUACUUACUUUUCUUCUGUUACUACCGUUAUCUCGUUCGUGGCUAUGGCGACUAUGCCGUGGGUGCCAUUCCGGUUGCCUAAUACCGGGAUUGAGUGGACACUUCUGACUGGUUUGGGUAUUUGCGGAUUCUUGCUUCAGUUCCUGUUGACGGCGGGGCUAUCGUAUGUUCCUCCUGCGUCGAUGCUCUUCGCGCUGUUUUAUGAUAAAGUUGUUUGGGGCAGUACUCUCAGUCCCAUUAGUUGGGCUGGAUCGGCGCUGAUUUUGAUUUGUGCGAUUUAUGUUGCUGUUGCGCAGGAAAGUCCUGCUCAGGCGCGGAGAGUGGAGGUGGAAGGUGAAGUUGGAGAGGAGUAUCGGGAUGUCGAGGGUUACAAGGACGCCACUGACGAGGAAAGGGCUGCAUAG